AACUAAAUUUUCGUUUUCUCACUGGCUCCACCCAAAUCCAAUUGCGUUUGGUAUGGAAAACAAAUCGUACGGGCAAACAAACCCCACUUCACCGUCUAGGAAAUUAAAUUAAUAAUAAUAAUAGUAAAGCAAAGAUCCUUCUCUGCCCCAGCCUUUUUUCCUCUGUUACAUUCCCAAAGCCGAUCCUCUCCAUUCCAAGCCCAGACCAAACCCGAGAUUCCGAGGCAGCGAGGGGAAGAAGAGGAGGAAGAAGAGAAGCCCGGAGAAAGGGGUUUUCUAUUUAUUUUUUUAUUUUUUUACUACAGUGGUUCUGAGGAGGCAUGGGGAGGGGGUUCGGCAGCAUGGCCGCUUUGGUUGCCCUAACAGUGUUGUCGGUGAUGAGGGUGGGCUUGGUUCGUGGGAACUCCGAAGGAGACGCUCUCUACACCCUGAGGCGAAGCUUGUCCGAUCCGGACAACGUGCUCCAGAGCUGGGAUCCGAACCUCGUCAACCCUUGUACCUGGUUCCACAUCACCUGUAAUCAGGACGGCCGCGUCACUCGAGUGGACCUUGGUAGUUCAAACUUAUCGGGUCAUCUAGUACCUGAACUAGGGAAACUUGAACAUCUGCAGUAUCUAGAGCUUUACAAGAACAACAUUCAAGGGACAAUCCCUGUUGAGCUUGGAAACUUAAAGAACCUAAUCAGCUUGGAUUUGUACAACAACAACAUCUCGGGGGUUAUUCCUCCGGCAUUGGGAAAGUUGAAGUCUCUGGUGUUCUUACGACUUAAUGAUAAUCAAUUAACUGGGCCAAUCCCAAGGGAGCUUGUUGGUAUCUCCACUCUGAAAGUUGUGGAUGUCUCAAACAAUAACUUGUGUGGAACAAUCCCUACUACUGGUCCGUUUGAGCACAUUCAGUUGAACAACUUCGAGAACAAUCCUCGAUUGGAAGGCCCAGAGCUGCAAGGAUUGGCGAGCUACGACACAAACUGCUCAUGAAUGAUGGGUGAUCUGAUGCAGCAACUUGCAACUGUUCCCCACUGAUAAUUUGGUGUGUUGUUGAAACAUCUUUAUAAUUCGGUAUAUGUUAGUAUGUUAAGAUGGAUGAAGAUGACGAUGAAGACGAAGAUGAUGUAUUAUUUUCCCUAUUAAAUGUUUGCAAAUGCAGUUAAAUCUUGAUGAUUUGUAAAUCAACUACUCUGGCUUUUGUAACCGCAGUUACGUGGGUUAAGAACCACCUCAUAACUUAUGACUAUAAUCAUAUUUGGAAGUACUGAAAUCUAUAUUCAAACGAC